AUGUUUGCUGGGAUUGAUUGCUGCGAAGAAUCUUCUUGCUCUGUGGAUGAUGAUGAACAACGAAUUAUUUACGAAAUUUUAGUCAAGCGACAACCAGCUAAAAGACCAUAUGCUGAUAUAAGUGAUUUAAGUUACAGCGAAGACGAAAAGGAGAUACUGAUAAGUGCAUGUGCAGUAUUUCAUAACUACAAGAUGACAUAUAAUAAAGACGAAGGAUAUUGGUACAUGAAAGUACUUUUGAGUAACCAUCGUGAUGCACUAGAUUUAUGUUAUAACUCAACAGGAGAUAGGCUAAAAGAAAUUAACUUUGUUGAUGCAGAACUUAUUAGAAUUGGUUAUUUGUACCAUAAAACCACAAACGUUAAAGAAAUCAUUGAUUAUUACUCAUUAAUACGUGAUUACUUACCAAAUCUUAUAGGAGAACCAGUUUAUCAUACUGGUUUAGGUUUAAUUAAACAUACACUACAACAGUACGAUUCAGCCGUCGAACGUUUACUGAAAGCGUUAGGUAUUUAUGAGCAACGUUUAUCCUUCCCUAAAAAUCUUAAAUAUAUGUUAAUUAUUAUUUAUGACUGUUUAGCUGCAUGUUAUCUGCAGAAAACAAGGUUUUUCGACUCGCUCAAUUAUUACCAUAAAGCGAUGAAAAUUGAUUACCAAUAUUUUCUACUUGAGAAAGAAGCUAUUCUGAUCCAUCCAUAUACAAUUGCAUGCAUGCAUAAAAUUCGAAAUGAUUUCGAUUUAUCCUGGAAUUUAUGCAAAUAUUUGAUUCAACUUGAUCACGCAUCACCUCACGUACAGACCAAUUACGAUUGUGAUAUAAACUGCAUUUUACCAACAAAUUACACAAGGAUAGAAAAUAGUAUUAAUUUCAUUGAUUAUAUUCUUGGAAUAGAUGCUAAACACUAUUACAACACUAUUAUAAACCAGUAUUAUACAUUAGGAAAACUGUGUGUCGAAAACUGUUAUUUUGACUUAGCACAAAAAUCUUUUCAAAAAGGAAUUAAUCUAAUACAUAGUUAUAAAGGAAAACCAAAUUACAUUAAUAGGUGCAAGGGUCUUACAGAAAGGCUUUUAUUAUUAGAGAAAGACUCGUGUCUUCUGUCUUGUUUAAACAGUAUUGAUCUGCGACAAUCAGAAAAUUGUACUGAGUAUUUAUAUUGUGUUGAUGAUGUUAAAUGGCUUUGUCAAUAUCACUAUGUAGAACAGUUUUCGAGUUAUAAAACGUAUGGAAAGGAUUGGGCAAGUGUCCAUCAUUGGCUCAAACAGGAAAAUGACACUAGAGUAGUAAGUGAUACUGACAUAUCCAGUAAAAAUGUAAAAAGGUUUUGUAAUUGUUUAUUGAAAGAAAUGAAUAUUACAAAACUAGUAUUGUGCAAGUGUACUAUUAAUGAUAGUGAUUUCAAUGAACUAAUUGAUACAAUUAACAAUGGCUCAUCUAUUCGAACACUCCACCUAUGUGAAAUGUGUCUUUCUAAUAAACUUCAUGUUCUAUUUACCAGCCGAUUAAGAAACAUUAUAUUAGAGGAUUGUAAAAUCUACGAUCAGGGAACGAACAAAAUUGGUAAGGCGUUGAAAGAAAAUAAAGAUUUAUUAAGUCUUCAGUUACAUCGCCAAGACCUUUCCAAGUAUGCAUAUAUAGGAAUUGCGAAAGCACUUGAAACAAAUACAACAUUAACCCAUCUUGGCCUCUAUCCCACAAAGCUAGAAACUGAAGGUGUAAAACAAUUGUUACAAUCAUUACAAUACAAUUCCAGCUUAAAAUAUUUGUCAUUAAAAAGCUACUAUCCUCAGUCGUCCAAUGGAUGUGAGCUACCAUUGUUCAAUAUGCUAUCAAAGAAUAAAACAUUGGAAAACUUUUCAAUUUCCAGCUCGUUUCGUAUUUUCGACCUUGGCACACAGAAAUUGUUCGAAGGAUUGGAAAACAAUACAGCAUUACUGGAACUUAAUUUUACAAAUACUGGUAGGCUCCGUAACUGUGCCCCAUCAUCAUACAAUAUGUUGUUAACCAAUAAAACAUUGAAAAAUCUCAAAAUGAGCUGCCUUCCUUCCAAUAUUUUCUUACAAAAACUGUUUGAAGGAUUGGAAAACAAUACAGCUUUACUUGAACUUAAGUUGGAGAUAAUGCAUUCAAAAAUAAAUGGAAAUUUUACUUUAUUGAAUGACUGUGCCCCAUUAUUAUUCAAUAUGUUGUUAUCCAAUAAAACAUUGAAAAAUCUUGAAAUGUUCCGAUGUUUUCUUACGAAAAUUGUUCGAAGCUUUAAAAAGCAAUACAACAUUAGCUGA